GAGACGCGAAUAGAACAAGGACCGGCAGCUCGCCUCCGGGGUUUACGUCCCGGCAUCUAGAAGACAUGGGCUUCGCGCGUCGUUUUUUGCACGGUGCAGAACGGUGAAGAGGCCGACAAUAUCAACGCCCCGCCAUGGCUGCCGGAGUUACAAUCUUGCUGUUCGUUGUCGCCGCAGGCCUCACCCGCAACACUCUGGCCUUUCCCGAAGUCAUCAAAAUAGUCGGCUUGUUCACUCCCGCGGAGCAGCUGCUGGAAACCACACUAAAGUACGCAGUGGACCACGUCAACACGGAUGUUGCCCUACUGCCCAACUCCAGGCUAUCCGUCCAGACCGAAAUGCUUCGGCAAGACAAUGCGCUUGAUACGUACAAUAAAGUUUGCAGCAGAAUCGAAGAGGGCGCGGUGAUCGUAUUUGGGCCGAGCACGACGGCGGAGAACUCGCUGGUGUCGUCCAUCUGCGCGGCCAUGCACGUGCCGCACCUCCAGACUACAUGGCACCAGGACCUGGACGUGCGGCCCUUCUCGCUCGGGCUCGUGCCUGGACCCGAGCUGCUGGGAAAGGCGUUCAGAGAAUUCGUCGACCGCAUGGGCUGGCUCUUCUUCGCCUACGUUUACGAGGGCGACCAAGCUCUGGUGCGACUCCAGGAGAUGGAGCGGCACGAGGACAUCAUGGGCCGCAAGGUGCUCGCCUUCGACCUGGGCGCCGUCGGGCAGCCGGCGGACCGCCGCAGAAGGAGGCAGACUGACGCCGGGGAAGACGACGCCAUCCAGGAGCCCAAGACCGUCUGGGACGAGAUCAAGGAGUCCGGCUACAGGAACUUCAUCAUCGACCUGCCGCAAGACCGCAUCGCUGGCGUCCUACAGGAGGCCAAGGACGCUGGCCUGAUGACUGAGCUUCACAACUUUCUUAUCACUACCCUGGACUUCCACGUGGUGAACACCAAAGAUCUAAGAAAUGAAGACGCUCGAAUUUAUAGCUUCCGUUUGCUUCACCUCGAGGACGACGACUUCGCGCUGAUGAGCAGGAGACUUGUCAAGUAUCAUCCGGACCUCACCACCAAAUCGGAAGAGAAAGAGACGGAGGUGGGUCUAAUCUACGACGCGAUCCACGUCCUGGCUGAGGUGCUGCACAACGCUUCCAAAGACGGCGCCGACUUCAAGUUCAACGCCGUGGAAUGCGACAACGGCACCUUUCUGGAGGACGGCCAAAAGCUCCUGGACACCUUCAAAGGGACGACGUAUGACGGUUUCACGGGGGAAAUUCAAUUUGAUGAGGACGGCAUGAGAGAGGUGGACAGCUUGACCCUGUGGCAGUUACACAAAGGGCGCUCUGAACAUGUAGCCACGUGGAGCCCCGAGAAGGGUCUGGACUUUGUGCACGACCCCCACGAUGACGACGGGGUGCCCGGCAGUGAAGACGUGGACGACACCAUUGACGAGAACUCCCUAGAGAAUAGGACCAUCAUCGUGACCACGGUUGUGUCUCCGCCAUUCGUGAUGCUCAAGGACGGCUCGGAGCAGUACGAGGGUAACCAGCGGUUCGAGGGCUUCUGCGUGUCCCUGCUGGACAAGCUGGCCGAGGUGCUGCACUUUGACUACAAACUCCAGCUGGUCAAGCCUGAGAAGUUCGGCUACGAGGUGUCUCCGGGACGCUGGACCGGACUCAUCGGAGAACUCGUAGAGGGCAAAGUGGAUAUGGCGGCGGCGCCGCUCACGAUGACGUCCAAGCGCAGCACGGUGGUGGAGUUCACGGUGCCCUUCAUGACUCUGGGCAUCGGGCUGAUGGCGAGCCGGCAGGACGAGACCUUGGUGCACAGCUUCCUGAGCCCGUUCAGCGCCGCCACCUGGUGCUACCUUGUGCUGAGCCUGCUGGCCGCCAUGGCGCUGCUCACGCUGAUUGGGCGCCUGUCGCCCUUCGAGUGGGACCAGGUCUCCGAGACUCGGGUUGACAGCGAAUACACGCUGGGCAACGCCUUCUGGUUCCUCUUCAGCGGCUUCACCUUCCAGAGGGUCACCAUCACGCCUAGGGCCCCUUCGACGGUGGUGGCGUUUAUUUCCUGGUGGAUCUUCUCCCUGAUUGUGAUGGUGGCGUACGCGUCUGUCCUCGGCGAGUUCAUCAUCCGUUACAGAGACCGGCCCACCCUCAACAGCGUCGACGACCUGCUCAAACAGAAGGACAUCAAGUACGGCACUUAUAGGCGGGGAUCCACCCAGAGCUUCUUCCAGAAAUCGACCUUCCCGAAAUACAUGGAGCUGUGGCAGGGCAUGCAGAGCCAAGGAGACGAGGCCUUCGUGGACAACUACUACGAGGGCAUCGAACGCGUCAUCGGCGGAAACUACGCCAUGUUCCUCGAGUCGCCCGUCCUGGAAUACCUCGAGAACCGUUACUGCGAGAUCGAGCAAGUGGGCGAUAUCAUGGGCUCCGGAGGAUACGCCCUGGCACUGCCCAAGGGGAGCCCGUACCAGUCCGAGCUGUCGGCGGCCAUCACGCGACUCAAGUUUGACGGGACGCUCCAGCUGCUGCGGCAGUACUGGUGGGAGGACCACAACGUUGCCAACUGCCCGCCGGAGGAGCACGUGUACCGGCCGACGCCGUUCACGGUCCGCUUCGGACGCCUCAGCCUCGUCUUCAUCUUCCUGCUCCUGGGACUGCUCAUCACCAUGGUCAUCAUGCUGGUCAUCUUCGUGCGCGGCCACAGCAAGAGGGACGUCACGGCCGAGUCCAUGAGCACCAUCUGGAACACCCUUCUGGAGGAACUGCGGUCUGCCAUGAUGUGCCGCAAGGAGAGGAAGCCCCAAGAAGCCACCAAAGACGGAGAGAUCACCCCAACUUCUCCACCUCCUGUGACAGUGUCCCCAGCCUGACGAAGUAGACUUCAAAUGUGAUAGAGACACGAGUGAUGCCCUACCACAAGAUGGGGAAAGAAGCCCGGUGUUUUUCAGCAUUCAGCAACCUUGAGAAAAAGUCCCUGCGUGUUUCUGAUCUGUGCAUUUCUUCGGUGUGCCCUUCACAUGAAUAUGAGCGUGGCGGCGAUACUUUGUGUUCGUAACAAUACCAGCAAUGUCUAAAAUAUGGAGUUUGUCGCAGCAUACAAUUGGAAAGCUAUUAAUAGAAGUCGUUUGUAAAUGUGCAACAAUAUUCAAUAAAGAUCUCGGGGUGAUUGCGUGA